UCAAUUUCUUGCACGUUUUAUUUACAUACAUUUCAAAAUAAAUUUGGUUAGGAUUUUUUUGUUUCAAGCAAUCAAAGCAAACAUAAUAAACAAUCAACAAAGGUUUACAUCCAUGGAAAGUCACGUCAAAUACAGAAUGAUCAGACAUCUUAUGAGAUUUCCUGUAAUCACUUGAAUUAAAGUAAAGCCACUCUAGGAAGUGUGACUAUAUUCCGACCGACAAAGCAAUCAGAAGAUAAAAGAUUCCUGUUUCACUCCUAUAACGCGUCAGCAUAAACCUCAGGAUUGCAUCAACGGACUGCUGGCAUCUAAGGUAAUCACAUGUUUAAAGUUCUCAGGAGCGACACGGAUGUGUGACCCAGGCUCACACACCUACAUGGAGGCAGUCACAAGAUGGGUUGCACAAUUUGUGUGGACUUCAGAGCUUGACAGGGGUGGGACUUAUCACAUCCUUUCAGAGAAAUAGAAGUGUUAAAGCAGAAUGGUUCUGUUGUCGUUUCACACAGCUCUUCAGGAUUGGACAAAGCACAACUAUGAACCACAUUGGAAAGAGUUAGCAAAAAGGACAUUUAAAGAAAACAUUUAAAAAGUGUGAUUGCCAAAUUCCACCCCAGAUUGAAGAAAAUGUGUAUCCCUGUGAGAGAGAAUGUCCUGAAGGAGAUGGAUUUUAUUCGAUGGUCUAAAACGCGCACAAUAUUUUUAUUUUGGGGACUUAUUCUUUAUUUUAUAGACAUAGUGACAGACAUCAAUCUGGUCGUGAACUAUAUCAAAGACGGGCAGUAUUUAUGGGGUGGAAUGACAAUGAUGUUCGUCCUCACUGGGACGCUGUCGACACAACUCUUCAGCUACGCCUGGUACAGGGACGACGCCAAGAAGCCAGAGACGCCUAACGCCGGGGUCACCGCUGUGCACAUGUUUGGCUUGGGCAUCAUUUACAGGUACUACCAGCUGCUAAAGGAAAGCUGGAGAGUAUUUAGGAAUACAGCCAAUUCCCCCCCAGCAGGAGGUACGGAGACACACCACGAUCGCCUCUUCUGCAUGGCUGCAGACCUGUGCAUGCUCAAGGUGUUUGAAGCUUUCCUGGAGAGUGUUCCUCAGCUUCUCUUGCAGGUUUGCAUAAUCCAAAGCCAGAAUGAGACCUCAUUCAUUCAAGGGUUGUCUGUUGCCUUCUCUCUCAUCAACGUGGCUCACUCUUUGAUGGAUUACAGCAGCUACCUGCGCAGGUCCCUCCCCCAUGUCAGAGGGAUGCCCUCGCUCUCUUCCAGAGGGGUCUACCUACUCUAUAAGUUCCUCACCCUCACCAGCUGCAUCCUCAGCUACAGCCUCCUCAUCACGGUCAGCGUCUACAGCACGGCGGCCCUGACCGUCCUCUGGCUACUGCUGACCGUUUGGGUCCACUUUCUCAACACCAACUUCUGCACUUCCAAAGCCCUUGAGUUCUUUUACCGCACAAUCGUGGGAGCCAUCCUCGUUUUCACCUUCUUCAACGUGAAAGGGAAGGAUACCAAAUUAGUCAUGACUGUCUAUUACAUUUCGCAUGCCAUCCUAAACAUAGCAGCUCCAAUAUUAUUUGUCCUUUUAGUGCCAGGACCGCAGACAUGCAAGUUUUUGUGGACAGCAGGUUUAAUUGGUGGAACUACAAUCCUUGGAUACAUGUGCCUCAUUUUGUAUUACUCCUUCCUGCAUCCUAAAGGCAUGCAACAGGAGCCGGAUGAGGUCGAUGGCUUAGAAACAGAAGCAACGGCAACAAGGAGGAUGAGGAGCUUUCUUCAACCUUGAUUGAAGUCAUUUCGUAACAUAUUUAUAGAUUUUGGGGAGAAGAGUUAAGUGUAGAAUGAAGUCUAAUUUUAUGAAUCUGUGGACUCCAAAUCAAGUUUUUGCUGUUUUAGUGUUUGAAAGUAAUGUUUUUUAUAUUUAUUGGAUUCUAUUGCAAAUAUUUUAAAACAUAGACAAACCUUAAUAAAUAAAUAUAUAUUUUUUUAAUUCUUUGAAAAACUUGUCUUUUUUAUUUGUUUGUUUUGUUUUUUUAUUUCACUACUGUUAGUUUACGAUUGGUAUAUCAGGGGGCUAGUAGGGUAAGGAGGCGCUGGUUCAAAUCCAGGCUGGGUUUUUCUUUGUGAAAUUUGAAUGGGGCUUGUUCUCUUCCCACAGUCCAAAAACACUUUUCAUGAUGGUGCUUUGAUGGUGCUAGUGAUUUACUUGCUAGUUUAGCUCCAAAGUAUAGCUGGGAUAGGCUCCAGUGCCCAUUAAGGGGAGUAAUUGGGAAUAUAAAAAUUGAAAUAUAAGCAGGAUUAAAAGAUAAAUAGAUAUCAAAAUAAAAGCUUUUUUUAUCCCUUGAUUUUUCUUGAAAAUGGCAAAAAAAAGAGUGAAAUGCAGAUGGAGGGAAACGUUUUUUCUGUAAUUAAAGACGACGGCUAUCCAUCUGUCCGUUUGUUCGUCCAUCCAUCUAUCUAUCUAUCCGUAAAGAUGCCCAGACUUCCCUCUCCCAGGUCACUUCCUCCAGCUCCUCUGGGGGCACCCCGAGGCGUUCC